AUGCACCAGCAAGCCCGAGUACCUCCGAGACUUGCCUCGCCGGCAAGAUCGCCGAUGCGAUCGGGUAGCCUGAGAGACGGUGUAUCAGGAUCUCGGCCACGAGCGGGAUCGAAUCUGUCGACCAGGGAUUAUACGAGCUCGCCGAUGAUGGAGCAAGGAGAGCUGCCGCCGGAGCGAGGAGGAGGGCUGCCGGACCAAGGAGGGUUGCCGGCCGCAUCAGUAAGAAAGCUGGAUCAAAUAGUCCAGAACUUCCACACCAAAAUCGCUGCUGUCGUCGUCGCUUCGCGUAUGAAGGUAAAGCCAGUUUACGGUACUAACGGAGUGCCAAAAAUCAAUAAAUGGUUCCAACUUGAAACCGAGGAGAUUGACGAGUUUAAAGAAGAGCUGGGGAUAUGGAAGAACCGUGGUAGCCUCGAGAAUCACCCGCCACCGAUGGUUAUUGAAAUCUAUCUCGAUGCGUCAAGUCUAAAAGAGAGCCAGAGCCUCGUUAUUAUCGAUGAGGAUGGAAAGCGGUGGGAUGUUCUGGAGCAGCUCACUUCAUCUACGUCGUCAAGUGGCAGCGGUUCCCUCACCACGGUGAGAAGGCCUACUGAGGUAAUACUCGAACGGUGGCGGGUGGAACUGAAGACGACACCCGACAGGCCAUUGGACGACUUUGGACCAAUCUUACCGACCAUUUACAAAAAGGCCAUCGUCUUCUUCCGAUCUCUCUUUGUAGCUACCAAGUUAUUACCGGCCUGGAAGUUUGCUAGCCAAAGCGCCGCCAAGAACUCUCACCCUGCUCUAAUUCCUCGAUGCAGGAUCCAUAUACCAGACUCUGAUAGACCAAGGCCUGACCUACUGAAGAAUCCCAUAGAUGGAAGGCGGGACGCAGUUACGGAGUACAUGUUUGGUGAUCUCGAGGUGCCGGUGGGACGGCUAUGCACCAGCGUCAUUUAUCGAAACGAUUGCACAUUCCGCGUUGACGACUCAGAGUCACUUCUAAGCUCCCGCUUCAUGGGAGUUGACGAGAAUUUUUUCAAACCAUCAUUACCACAACGGCACAUAGCUGAGGUUGGUUCGCUGAAGGACCACCGCCGGGGGGUGAGUAUGAACGAUGUCCAACAAACUUAUGGUAGUUUAUCAACUUUCCAUGGUGAUGGACCGAUUGGCACGAGCCCCAUAUCUGCACUUCGCGCUGUCAAGCCGCCUGGUUCAGACACGAGCUCCCCUCCGGCAUCACUGCCUCGCCAAACCGAUACUGGGGUGGCUCCUCAUUCACUGCCAAUAUCUGGAGGGCGAGCAUCUGCGGCGCGGCCUACGGUCCGUGUUGGGGAAGAUCGAAGAAGGCCAUCUAUAUCUUUCCAACCAUUUAAGGCCGGCUCACUCUCUGGAUCUCCUGUUCCCCGACAAAGUGAGCCAGUGUCGCCUGCAUCACUUACUAGACCUAGUUUAUCUUCGCUCCGACAGCCAGGAAACCGAUCCUCAUUGACCGCGGGUAUGCCAGCUUCCCUUCGCGGUGGGCCGGCUGCGGUAAAUACUACCGAUUCCCCUAUAACAGGAUCUCCGCGACCGGCAUCCGCCAGUCGAUAUAGCAGCAGUUUUACGCAUCGGAAAGGACGUUUAUCGAUUGGAGCCACGAGCCGGGCAGGCGAUGAAGAACAGGGCAGCAGUGGAAGGCAGAGCCUGGCUUCGUCAAUUGUGCAACCCGGCUCUGGAUUUCUUGCCGAGGUCGGGGCUGGGAGCUAUAGCUCUCUCCAGACUGAUGAAGAUGAUAUAUCCGACUUCCUAAAGGCUCUAGAUAGCAAAAAGGUGCUCAAGUCAUUUGAACCGACAAAGAAGGGAGAGUCGGCCACGAGCAGGACAGUAGCUCAGCUGUCCAAAUUCCAUAUGAUGAAGGACUCGAAUAAUGCCCUUACAGAGUCAAUGACAUCCUCUAUGCAGCUCAACCGCUCCUCGACCGUUUCCAGCAGACAGCUCAACAAUUUUGCUGGCAUUAGUGGACCGAUUUCAGUAUCUACAUCUACCUCUCCUGGGAAGCCGGUGUCACCGCACACGCCACACACCCCUGCGAUACCGUCUCGCUUGAGCGAGAACUCGAUUAUUGACUAUGCCCCACCCUACAAGAGGGUAGAGCCGCCAGCACGAGAGUCGCCGUCGUCCAAGGCUACUGGAUCUCAGAGACAAGGCACCAUGACUCAAGAUGGCACGACUGCAAUUGACAUUCCCCUGUCUCCUAGGCUAGGCACAUACCACCGCCGAUCCAGCUCAGUUGCUCAGCAGGUUCGAGCUAUAACUGACGAUGAAGAGACCGAUUUGCCAUUCGCCACACAUCGAAGCAUUAGUCUCGGAGCAAACGACAGAGAACCGCCAACCUUGAGCACUCUUCUCGGCCAACAGUUGGAAAGGGAGUGCUCCGGACAGCAGGAAGGCGCAUCUACCGCGCUUCGCCCAACAGCCGAAAUUCCGAUUCCCGAGUCAUCGGAGAUGAUUCAGCGAGGCUCAGCGAGUGAUACACCACCAGAUGGCUUUAUUUCAGCCUCCCAGUCAAGCUCUUCCUUUCAGCGACGGCGGUAUGCCGGCAUGACUGGUGGCCGCCGAAACACGCCUCGAGGCAGCUUCAAUGGGUCGACUAGUAGGCUUGGCCGUCCAGAUGAAGAAGCUGUUGGUGAAGAGCCGUUGGUAUUCACUCUUUCUGAGAUGGAUGCAAUGGGAAGGCGAAGUUUAGAAGAGCGUCGCGGAAGCGGUGCCGCGUCCAAUGAUCGACCAACCUUUGAGCCACGAGGUGUAACUCGAAGAGGAUGGGCAGAGUGA